CAGAGGGCCCCUGCUCACUCCCUUCCACUCUCAGGCUCCUCUGCCCCCUGCUCACCUCUUCCGAGACCCCCAAGAUGAACCCUCCCCAUCUUCUGGCCUUCCUUUGCCUCCUGGUGGCCAUGGCCAGCGGGAACCUGGUCCAGUUUGGGGUGAUGAUCGAGAGGAUGACAGGGAAGUCAGCUCUGCAGUACAAUGAUUAUGGCUGCUACUGUGGCAUCGGUGGGUCCCACUGGCCAGUGGACCAGACAGACUGGUGCUGCCACGCCCAUGACUGUUGCUAUGGGCGGCUGGAGAAGCUGGGCUGUGAACCCAAACUGGAAAAGUACCUUUUCUCUGUCGGCCAGCAAGACAUCUUCUGUGCCGGCAAGACCACCUGCCAGAGGCGGACCUGCGAGUGCGACAGGAGGGCUGCCCUUUGCUUCCGCCGCUAUGUGAGCACCUACAACCGCAAAUAUGCCCAUUACCCCAACAAGCUGUGCACAGGACCCACCCCACCCUGCUAAACUCUGCUUGGCUGCAGCCCCGCCUCAGGCUGCCAUAAUCCCAGGCCUGAAGAAGUUUAGAACCCAAGGCCCUCCCUCUGGAAAAUUCCGUCCCUUCCCCAGAGUUUCCACACUUCCCCCAGGAAGAGCCUCAGGAGCCGUGGGCCUCUGCAGCACCCACAAGACUCAGUAACCCCACCCAUUCUCUCUUCUGAAUAAGUGAAUAUGCUCUCUUUAAUUCUAGGAUUCUCUGAUUUGCAGAUUUUGUCAUGCUAGGUUUUGAUUAGUCUAUAAUCCCGUUCUUUCAUUUAUUCAUUUGUUCAUUCGUUCAUAUUUUGAGCACCUGCCAUGCACCACCCUGGUGCUAAGCACUGGAAUACAGUAGGAAUGAAUCUGAUUUGGGGUCCCAUCUGUAAUGCCAAUAUUAAGUCCUUUUAAUUUUCCACAGCAGUAAGUUUCCAUUAUUCUCUUCUUCUAAAGUUCUACAAUCUUCUCUGAGACAAUAAUGGCAAUCUCCAAAAGGAAUAUUUCUGGCCAUAUGGCUUAAUGUAAGAAAGAUAAAAACUACCAACCUAAAAAUAUUGUCCCCACUGUCAUCAGGCCUCAAAACGCCCCCACUGACAAAGACUGAUUUAGAGGGAAAAGUAGCUCCAGAUCCAUCUUAUCUAACCCCCUUUUUUGACACCUGAGAGUCAAAGAAGGGACACUGUACCAGGGUAUCCUUGCUCUUCUCCCUUAAUUUUUUCAAGAAGUUGGCAUCAGCUGCCAGUGUUGUGACACGGCCAUGUUGACCAGACCCAAUAGUUGUUACCUUGGAAAGAUCACAUAUCUAGGGUAGGCCAGCUGUGAGCAUAUGCAGCCUGUGAUGCUCCUGAGAGAGCAGGAAGAGGAGAGGGUACAACAUGGCAGGUCAACCAAAGGAUUCCCACCAAAGAAACAGCCAGUUCUGAAAGCCACAAGCCUCAGCAGAUUUAACUCUGGACUGCAGAUCUGCUGUCUCCACCAGCUGCCAGACACGGAUGGAAUCCUACAGGACCAGGAUGAGCCUAUUGAAGGAGACCAUGUGCUGCAUGGUACAAAGCUGUGGCCCGGCUGGAUAAACUUCACUCCCUUUCAUCCUUCAUAUGGUGUGCAUACACCCAUGAGGACUUUGAGGAGCACAAGAAAUCAAAGGGAUGCAUCCUCCUAGACUUUAAAAAGACAACAAAGCUCUGAGCUAGAAAAAAAAUAGCAUGGGGGACCAGUAUGUGAGCUUUGCUGUUGUCAAUGACCCAAAGUUGGAACCACCCAAAGAUGGUGUCUUGAAACAAAAUUGGCUUCUGUGAGCCUGAGUCUGAUUUGUCAGGGAACGUGAUCCUGAGGCGCCCUCUGGUGUCCAACUUGUUCAGACUACUAGGAAGAAACCCAAAUUCGGUUCACAUGGAUUUCCCUUCACCCCCUGGGCAGUUCCUCGGGCUGGUGAAAUUCCUAAACUUGCAUUGUCAGUAAUGAAUAUGCUAAGGAAUCAUCAGAGAAGGACUUCCCACCAUCUUAGGGUAUUGGUGUGUCUGCAGAAAUAAGAAAGUCGGGGAAAAGGAGCUGACUUGGGUAGAGUAGAGAGGUGACUUCUGGGCAUAAUGGGAUGAGGACCUGGUAAUCUUCCCAUUGUAACUGUCCAAAAAUGUGAGAACUGCAACUAAAGACAGAUGCCAGUGCAACCGGCUGUGACCACAGGUGGUGAGCCCCUUGGUCACUCAUGGACAAGUCGUAUCCUUCGUUUUUCCAGAGCUCAAUAAAUGUUCAAUGAAUGAAUCGAGGUUUGGAUUCCAUCUGCACAUGUGUGGAUCUAUAAUGCACUUGGUUUCUAGUUGCAGACUUGUGAAAAUGACUGAAAAAGGAAAAGGAGAGCUCUGAACUGAAGUCAGAGGCUCCAGGUACACAUCUGUGUUCAUCCUCUUAGCAACAGGGGGUGUGUUGGCGCACUGACUGCUCAGGGGUGUGUGGACAGCAGCAGCAGCAGCAGGGGGUCUUGUUAGAAAAACAGCCCUUACUCCAGCCCUGCUAAAUCCUUCAAUAGGUUAACAAGACCUCCAGGUGCGCAGGUGAAAAUCUUCGAAGCCUGGUCACAGAUUCAGUCUCUGUAUUUGUAAAAUGGAACAAUGACAUUCCCCUGACAGAUGGUUGUGGUGAGGUUUAAAUAAAUGAGUAUGUGUGACAGCAUAUUUAUAUGCCUAGCACAUAAA